CCAUCACACCAUCGACGACACAACAACGUCAUUGCUCGAUUGCUAGGUAUUGAGUAAUCGAUCGAGAAUGAGCUCGUGCAGGGCGAUGCGUAAACUUCACGGUCGGUUGAAUGCUUCAAAAACGAAGUGACUAAAGUUCAUUGGAAAGGGCUUACCGCAAGGUGACAAGUGGCUCAACGGUACGACAAGGAUGAGUCCGCUGUUCGUCAUCAGAGAGAUAAGCGCUUGGAAGCAGUACACCCUCAAGCCCUAAGUGCCGGCAAUGGCCAACAGGUGCCCUCCAACAUCACUCGCAUCACCUUCCACACCAGAGACGAAACCGACAGCACAGCCAACAUUGUCCACGCCCGCAAUCGCACCAUCACCGUCAUCGCUAUCCAGUGCGGGAGUGGCAGCGUUUGGGGAAAUCUCAAGGCCUCGCCCGGUAGCGGUUACAAGCCGUACCAUAGGCGGUACGGUGGUUGGCGGCCUAAUUGGAAAGUUUGAAUGCACCAGGUCCGAUUCUGCUGCUGACGUCAAAGUGACAGCAAACACUUGUCGAGCGAGCGAUAACGCGCUUAUCACUACUAGGGACUGUCCCAUCGCACGCGGAUCGAGCCCGCCGACGGGUACAGGCGGUACCGGUGUGGUCGUCGGGUUCCGGGAGACUGUGACCGGUAACCGUAACGAAUGUUCUGAUAAGACCACCACCAUGGGCGUCGGUAGGACGGGUGGUCGGCUAGGGAAUCGGUCCGGUGAGCGGGUGAAUUCAGAGAUGGAUGCCUGUGUACAUAGAACCCGCGAGCGUCAACGAAAAACGGUCGUCUACAGUCGUCUUUGUUUGGACGAUGCAUUGCUCGGAGAUGUGCAACUGCUGGAGUUGGAAAACCGAAAGACAAGCGCCACGGCGAUCGGUGAGCAAUCCAAUCAGCGGGACGCCGAAUGGUCGGCGGGACAGACGGAAGUGAUCCGUUUUCCGUGCGUAGAGCGACUGAUCGAACUGUACGCAAACAUCAUCCGCCAGAAGGAGGCUGAAGUGCAAAGAUUUAUGAGCAGUAUUGUAAGGAACGGUGAUAAAAGUCGAUUAGAUAAGGGCGUGUCAUCGUCGGCGGAGGAACGCCGGCGACGGGCUCCGGAGGAUGGUGGGUCGCACGGGAGCAAAUUACAGCAAGGUGACAUACACAAGGAACCCGCGCUACCUGCGUCAGUAUCGCUGGAAUCGUUGUCACGUACGAAGACGGAAUUGGCUCCAGACUUGGUGGGUGAUUGCAUGCGCACUAGUUCGGCACAGUCCAUCGAAGAAGCGGUACGCGUCAGUCGCACGGAAGAAAGCUCCAGCCCUGCUCAAUCGGAUGAAGGUUGGCGCAGCAGCACACAGCCCAGCCCGUACGGUUCUAGUGACGAAGAGGAACGCCCACUACAGGUGGAGGAAGAACCCAACACAGACGCGAUGAAGAAUCGGGAUAAAGUAACGCGUUCGUCUAGCUCGGAUUCCGCCCUCGGUCUGGACGAUGAUCUCAGCCAGCAGGAACAGCAACAGAUGAUCGCUAGCGUCGGUAAGGUGCGAAGACUUACGCUUGGCGUGUCGGACAUUCCGCUACGUUCGGCGUUACUACCAGUACCGGAACCCUCCACGUUACCGAGCUUGACGGCAGCAACUACGGAACACUGUCCUACGGUGGUUCGCAGCAAGAUGAUUCUAGAAGCUCAGCUUAUCGAAUUACCCCUCGCCGAUGGGAUCGGCGGAACGUCCGAUCAAUCCGGAACACAGCAACUAGGUUGCCCACCAAGCACGUCCGUAUCGCGACGCGAAUCUGCCCAAAGCUACAUCAGUGAUAUAGGCGAAGGUGUUCGCUACGUCCGAACGCCGUCAGUGGUGGUAUCGGACUACUCGGAUGAUACGAUGUGUGGUAUCACGCUGGAGGAAAUUGAGUAUUUCCGGCGGCACAGGUUACGGCGUGGUUCGGCCGACUGUGAGUCGGACAUAAGUGCGGCCUCUUCGUGCAGCAACCUAAACUACUGUGGAUCGUCGAUUAGUGCGCUGGACGGAUGCGAGUACCAGUGUGGAUUGCGGACGCCCGAACGGAAGGUGUCCGAUUGCUCGACGUGUUCCACGGUUAGCUGUGAUGAGGAUGAAGGCUACUCGGUGGUACGAUCGAAACUUGCCAGCCUCAGCCUACCGUCCGAUCCGGUGCCGGAGGAGACGGAAAUUUCCGCAAAGUCAGAACCGCCGGUUAGCAGCACACCGCACAUUAAUGGUGCAACGUCGGAGGGCGCUGUUAAUGAGCUGGGUGAUGUUCGAGUAUGCAGCAAAAAGAAGGUUAGUCAUGAAGCCAAACAUUCUGAAUAGAAUCGUCGGAGGUGACGCGUUACUGUAGCA